AUGGAGUCGGCAAGGGAGGCGCUGCUCGCGGAGACGAAGCGGCUGCUCGCGGCCCUCAACGACGAGAACAGGGAACUGAAGGCGGAAAACACACGGCUGCUCACGCAGGCCAAGGCGGCGGCGGAGCGGCUCACCUCCAUCAGCGUGGAGAAGGAGGGGCUGGAGAAGGAUCUGAAGCACAUAAACUUCAACCUCAUGCAGCAGCUGCGGGUGAAGGUGAGUGCCGCGAAGGAACACGAGCGGCUUGUGGCGCAGUUGCAGGCGACGGUGGCCGGGUUAGAGGCGCAGCUGCAGGAGUCACGGCUGGCGCAGGAGUCCGCGGCGAAGGAGAGCCACAUGCAGCGUGAACAGAUUGCCGUGUUAGAGCACAGGCUGCAGCAGCUGACGGAGCGGCUCUUUCGCACGGAGGCGGAGGCCGGCAAGUACGCCGAUGACCUCAACGCCGCGAUUUCGGGCCAUCGGGAGGCGGCCGCGAGGCUCCAACACGACGGUGCACAGCGGCUAAAGCAGGUGGAGGAGGCGCUGCGGCUGAGUCGGGCGAACGAGGCCGGGCUCGAGCGUGUAGUGGAGGAGCUGCGGUAUGAGCUUGGCCGCGCGAGAGAGGUGCUGCGGCAGAGUCACAGCAGCAGUAGCGAGGGGCAGCGACGCACCCUCUCGGCCCGAUCCGAGGCCCUCUACGCACACGAGCAGGUUCUCACGGCGUGUAGCUCGUCGUGCCAACAGCUGCGGGAGCUGCAGCGGCAGAUGCGGGCCGUGGAGGAGCUCGCCACGCAUGCGGCCCACCAGGUGGCGCAAACAGUGCAGAAGGGGGAGGCAAAGCUGCGGGAGCAAAUGGAGAAUUUCAUAGCCACCGAUGAGGCGCUUGUUGCGUUUCUCUGUCAACGCAUCAUGGAGCAAGAGGGGGAGCUGCACACGGUGCGCGAGGAGCUUUCAAGUGCCCACUGCCGUCUCCUGGAAACGGAGAAGGAGCUUUGCAAAGCAAGCACGGAGCAGCAGAGUCGCGAAGCCGAGCUGAGGUCGCUUGCGGCUGUACAGCAGGAGGCGCAGACGAUGAGGGUUGAACUAGAAGCACAUGGUCGCAUAGAAGAAGAGCUGCGUGCCGAGGUUGGGCGGUGCCGACGUGAGGCGGAGUGUAGUGAGAGCCGAGCGGCGGAGUGCAGACGUCUGUUGGCGGACGAGCGGGAACACGGCGCGGCCACGCGUCGCUCCUACAAGCAGGAGGCCGACAAUGUGGAUGAGCAGCUGCGGGAGUUUUUAGCCACGGUAUCGCAGGCGCUGCGCAAGUUGGACUCCAAGACGCGCCACCGUCGUCGCCCCUCCUCCUCUGCGGGAGGUGUGACGCUGUCAACCGUGCCGUCCACGCACUCCACGGAGUAUGUCCCCGACGGCAGCAUGUCCUCGCCGUCGGUGGUGCGUGUGGAGUCCUCCCCCGGCGCACACGGGGUCACGCAUAGAGAGUGA